CUCCAGUUAUUUUCUGUGCUCACAACUCCAGCUGGUCUGUUCUGCUCAGAGGAUCCAACAUGUCAGACACUGAGGAGAUUGUGGAGGAAUAUGAAGAGGAGGAAGAGGAUGAAAACAUGCAUGACAAAGGGUCCAAACAAUGGUUUAAAACCACUUAUAUACCAAACAUGGCUCCUCCAAAGCUCCCUGAUGGAGAGAAGGUAGACUUUGAUGAUCUCCACCGGAAAAGAGUGGAGAAGGAUUACAAUGACCUCCAAACGCUCAUCGAUCAGCAUUUCUCCUGCCGCCAGAAGGAGGAGGAAGAGCUGAUUGCUCUGCGCAGCCGUAUUGAACAGCGCCGCGCUGAUCGGGCCGAGCAGCAGAGAGUCCGAGCAGAACAGGAGCGAGAGCGCCAAGCUCGGGUGGUAGAGGAGAGGUCGAGGCGUGAAGAGGAGGCCGCCAAGCUGCGGGCUGAGGAGGAGGCCAAGAAGAAGAAGAUAUUCUCCAACAAGUCCUUUGGGGGUUACCUGCAGAAGGUCGACCAGAAGAAGGGCAAGAAGCUAACAGCCCGCGAGGAGAAGAAGAAAGCCCUGAUGGAGCGCAGGAAGCCACUCAACAUCGACCAUCUGAGCCAGGAGAAGCUGGUGGAGAAGGUGCAGGACCUGUGGAAGUGGCUCCACCAGCUGCACGCCGAGAAGUUUGAGCUGGCUGAGAAGCUGAAGAUGCAAAAAUAUGAAAUCCACGUUCUCCGGAACCGAGUCAGCGACCACCAGAGAGGCUCCAAAACGUCCAAGAGCUCCCGCAGGGCCAAAGGGAAAGCUGGUUCCUGGAAGUAAAGCUCAGGGUCCACAACAACUUAGAAGCUAAGGUCCGUUUGGACUUUUUGGUGCAGAUGCCUUUUCAACUGAACACUCAGGGGACUGAAGGGAGUCAUAUGAAUUAAUUAAUUAAAUUGAGUCUUCAAAAAAAACAAUCCAUCUAUAAAAUGUUUUGGUAAAUCUUUAAAUUUUUCCUCAAACCCUCCUGAAGAUUAUUUCUGUUUAUUGUUGACGCGCUAAGACUUGUGUACCUUUCAUUAAAGCUAUUCUGUCUAUUUUUAA